UGCCAGUUUAAGUUGGAACGGCGAGAAGAUCGGUAGUACGUGGAAUAGAACGCGCUUAGAUGCACUACCAUCCAUAUUUAAGCGUUCGAAACGAGUAACACCAACUUUUUUUAGAGUGGGGAAUUACAACAACAACAAUCUUUUAAUGUUGUGUUUGUGUUAAAUUUAUGUUUUACCCAUAAAUUUAUUAAUUUUAAUUGAUGGCCGCUUAUAAAUAAGGAUCUCAUAACCCCACCUCGCCUUUGCAACGUUUAAGACUUUGCAAGUUUUUUUUAGGAUUCAUCAAUACUUUGCCAGAAGAGUUGAGGAAAACUCAAAACACCACGCAAUACAAUGGCGGUAUUUGGUAUGGUAUCAGCCGUAUCCGGCUUCAUAAAAAUUCGUUAUCUAUUGGACAAAGCGGUUAUAGACAAUAUGGUAUUUCGUUGCCAUUAUCGGAUAACAACGGCCAUACUAUUUGUCUGUUGCAUUAUUGUAACGGCCAAUAAUUUAAUCGGUGAUCCCAUUUCUUGCAUCAAUGAUGGUUCCAUACCCAUUCAUGUCAUCAAUACAUUCUGUUGGAUUACCUAUACGUUUACUAUACCGGGACAGCAGCAUAGACAAAUUGGCACUGAUGUGGCAGCCCAUGGUUUGGGUAAUGAAUUUGGCCAAGAGAAGAGAUAUCACAGCUAUUAUCAAUGGGUGCCAUUUGUGUUAUUCUUUCAAGGUCUCAUGUUCUAUUUACCCCAUUGGAUUUGGAAAAAUCUAGAAGAUGGCAAAAUGCGCAUGAUCACCGAUGGCCUGCGUGGCAUGGUCUCCAUACCCGAGGAUUAUCGCAAAGAUCGCCAAAAUCGCAUUAUCAAAUAUCUCAUUGACAGCUUAAACUCUCAUGCUGGCUAUUCGUUUGCCUAUUAUCUGUGUGAGGCUUUGAAUUUCAUUAACGUCAUUGUGAAUAUCUUUUUGGUGGAUAAAUUUUUGGGUGGUGCCUUUAUGACCUAUGGCACUGAUGUCAUCAAAUUCUCAAAUAUGGAUCAAGAUAAACGUUCAGAUCCUAUGAUUGAAAUCUUUCCUCGACUAACUAAAUGUACAUUCCACAAAUUCGGUCCUGGCGGCUCACCACAGAGACACGACACUUUGUGUGUGUUGGCUUUGAAUAUAUUGAAUGAGAAGAUAUACAUUUUCUUGUGGUUCUGGUUCAUCAUUUUGUCCGUCAUUUCUGGCCUUGCCUUGAUCUAUUCCUUCAUGGUUGUCACCAUGCCCACUACCCGCGAAACUAUUAUCAAACGUUCUUAUCGUUCGGCACAAAGCAAGGAAAUCUCAAGUCUAGUACGGCGUUUGGAUAUUGGUGACUUUUUACUCUUACAUUUUGUGGGACAAAAUGUCAAUACGAAAUCCUUUUCGGAAAUGGUACAAGAAUUAUGCAAUCUCUUGGGUUCCUCAAGAACACCAUCGGCACCCUCAACAUUGGAAAUGCAUCCGAUAUAUCCGCAAGUGGAUAGUUUUGGCAAGGAAACGGAAACAUAAACGACACUGCAAGGCAAUUGUUUAAAGGCCCUUAAACGCAAGAAGAAAAAAAAAACGACGCAAUUCCAAUGCAAUGAAUGAACCAAUCAAAUCGAAACGAAAUGAAAUGAAAUGAAUCGGAUGCACGAUAGAAACGCAACAAAUGAUUUCUCAUUUUACAUAUAUAUAUACAUAUGCUACUUUUAACUAAUAAUUAAUUAAUUAAAAAAAAACCAUAUAAAUUACAUAUAUAGUAACUAUUGCAAUAAUAAUGCAAGCAAGAGCAUAAUUCUAAAUGUUCGAACAGAAAUAGGUUUUGUCCCUAUGUUCAUUAAUAGUAAAAAAAAAAAAAAAAUUAAAAAUGUGCUAUAUUUUGAUUUUUCUUUAACCAAUCGUGCAAUGAUAUGCUUUGUAUAAAACCGACAACAAGAGGUUUGAACAAACCUCAACUUUUUAUAAAUUUUUCUACGAAAACUCACUUUCCAUCUCUGUUAGAUGAACGACAAAACCUUAAGAAUAUAAAAAAAAUUUUAUACAUAACCGAAAAAAAAUGCUAAAAUGUUACUUUAAAAUUUUUUAUUUUAAUUUUUGAUUAAAUACAACAAGAAACCGCCAUCAAUAUAUACAUAUUGCAUAUAUGUAUGUAUAUUUUAACUAUAUAUUCCGCAUGAUUGAUUGCUAUAUGUUUACUGUUUAUUAAUAGAGAUUUUUAAAUUUUUUUUUUAUUCAUAUGCUGCCCUCUCCCACCCUAGUUGGCUCUGUCUGACCAUAUUUUUAUUUAUGCUUAAUGAAGAAAUUCAAAUUAAGAGCUAACUAUUUAACUAAAUAUUUAUAUUUAAAUCAAUUGCAAUUGUGUAUGUCCCCUUCUGCCCCAUAUGCUUCUCAUUUCAUUAGGCAUAUUAGUUAAGAAAUAUUCAUAAAGCGAAAAACCUUAUAUACUUUAAUUAUGACGAUGAAAAUUUAGAAAUUUUGUUUAUAAACAAAAGUAUUGUGAUUAUGAUGAUAGAUACAUGAU